GUGGUACAAAUCUUUUGGAACCAAUGAAACAGAAAAGGACGGUAUACGACUGGGGAGAACAUCAUGCCGCAUUUUCUCCCAACGAAGCUUCCUCGAAGCUCACUGCCUCCACUUCCCUCCCCCUGCGCCUUCUUUAACCCUACCUCCUUCCAACCCUUCUCUCCCGUCUCUCUCUCGAAAGCCGAAAGCCAGAAGCCAUGAAGAUGAUUAGUCUUCGGGCGGCCUUCUUCGGCUCUUCGAAGAAGAAAUCCCGUUCGGUCUCCCGAUCCGAGGCCUCCUCCUUCGGAUCCAACGCCGCCUCCUCCUCCUCCGAAGACUCUCAGUGCACCCCAAAAACCGUCCUCCCCCGGUUACCCGGCUGCCACCUCGCCGCGCCGGCCGCGAAAUCGGCGUCCUCGUCGUCGACGGACUAUCCUUCGGCGGAGAGGGAGGGAGAGAAGAGGAUCACGAGGCGGGAGCUGGAGGUGGUGCUGCGGCGGCUGGGUCCGGACCCGCCGACGGAGGAGGAGGUGGUGGCGAUGCUCGCCGAGGCGGACCGCGCCGGCGACGGGAGCAUCCGGCUGGAGGAGAUCGUGGAGCUGGGGUCGGUCGUCGGACCCCCCGUCGUGCCGGAGCUCCGGGAAACGUUCGCCGUCUUCGACGCCGACGGAGACGGCAAGAUCUCCGCCGAGGAGCUCCUCGCCAUGUUCGUCACCCUCGGGGACGAGCAGUGUACUCUGGAGGAUUGCCGCCGUAUGAUCGGGGUGGUCGAUUCGGACGGUGAUGGCUUCGUCUGCUUUCAGGAUUUCGUUCGCAUGAUGGACGGCCAGAGAUAGAUUGUCGCACUAAUCUCGGAUCCGAUCUAACCAAAAUGGGCGGUGGUGGUGAAUGGUUGCUCUUUUUCUGUGUCUCUCUUUGUUUGUCCCUUUCCUUCAUCUUGUAAUUAGAAAAAGAAAAGGAUGGACCAAAUCAGUCGUCAUCAUCCGUUGAUGUAGCUAAGCAUUAGUCAAAAUCGAUUGCUUGCGUCAAUAUUGGUAUGAU